CAGAUGAUGAAGUCGAUAGGAUCCCUUCGUCAACAACGAUUUUGAAACCCUUUCUUGACGUCAAUCUUCACAUUCCAUUUUCCAUUUCCCCUUUCUUUCUUUCUUACUUUCUUUAACCCCCUGCAGGCCUCCCGCCGCUAUUUAAAGCUACUCUCCACUCACCUCCAUUCCCCCGCCCAGAUUUCCUCUAAUAAUAUCAUCGCCCUUUACUUUUCUCCGGUCAAGAUGAUAGCCUAUUUGGUUGAGCGCUGUUUGCCGGAAAAUGACGCCGCCGACUCCCCGCCGGAGCACCCCAAUGAAGACGCUAUCAAUUUGGGCCUCGAGGAUCUUCAGGGGACUGUCGAAUAUGGCUCUGCUUCUUCUAACGCCUUUGCGGCUAAGGAUUUUGGCGGCUUGCAUGCCGUUAAGCCGUUGGCGGUUGUUAGGCCGGCGGUUGCUGAUGACGUGGCAAGGGUCAUAAGGGUGGCGUUGCGUUCUCCGGCGCUUACCGUGGCGGCAAGAGGAAACGGCCACUCCAUCAACGGCCAGGCUAUGGCCCACCGCGGCGUCGUCGUUGAUAUGAAGUCGCUCGCCGGAAUCGCCGUUGUUCGUGACUGUAGCAAAUCUGGUGGUCCGGUGGUUGAGGUCGGCGGCGGGGCAUUGUGGUCCGACGUGCUGAAACGCUGCGUUUUGGGGUAUGGAUUGGCGCCCCGGUCUUGGACGGAUUAUCUGGAUUUAACGGUCGGCGGGACGCUGUCCAACGCCGGCGUUAGUGGCCAGGCGUUCCGUUUUGGGCCGCAAACGGCAAACGUAACGGAGCUAGAAGUCGUUACUGGUAACGGAGAAAUAACGGUCUGUUCUCACACCAACAAUUCUGAACUCUUCUUUUCUGUUCUUGGCGGUCUUGGUCAAUUUGGUAUCAUCACCCGAGCUCGGGUCUUGCUUCAACCCGCCCCGGAUAUGGUGAGAUGGAUUAGGUUAGUGUACAGUAAUUUUACCGACUACAUGCUAGAUGCCGAGUCAUUGGUAACUCGAGACAGCUCAUUCGAUUACGUGGAAGGAUUUGUGUUUGUGAAUAGUGAUGACCCUGUUAAUGGGUGGCCCUCAGUGUUGUUUGAUCCCCAGCAUCAGUUUGAUACGACCUGUAUGUCCAAAAAUGUUGAUCCAGUUUUGUAUUGUCUUGAGGUGGCCCUAUAUUACAAAAGUGAUGACCCUCCCUCGACCGUUGAUAAGAUGGUGGAGAAAUUAAUUGAAGGGUUGAGAUAUUGCCAGAAUUUGAAAUUACAAAUGGAUUUGAGUUAUAUGGAUUUCUUGUUACGAGUGAAGAAAGCUGAACAAGAUGCUAAGGCCAAUGGCAUAUGGGAUGCCCCUCACCCGUGGCUCAACUUGUUCGUGUCCAAAAAGGACAUUGCAGACUUCGAUCGGCUCGUGUUCAAGAAGCUUUUGAAGGAUGGGGUUGGUGGUCCUAUGCUGGUCUAUCCAUUGAUUCGGUCCAAGUGGGAUAAUCGAACUUCGGUGGUACUGCCAGAAGGGGAAAUCUUCUAUCUAGUGGCACUUCUCCGGUUCAGCCAUCAGUACCCAAACGGUCCACCGGUUCAAGAGUUGGCGGCACAGAACCGGGAAAUUGUUCAGUGCUGCAUAAGAAAUGGGUUCAGUUUCAAAUUAUACCUCCCUCACUACAACUCCAAGGAGGAAUGGAAGCACCACUUUGGGAAUCAAUGGCCAAGAUUCGUCGAGAGGAAGUCCACUUUUGAUCCAAUGGCUAUUCUUGCUCCUGGACAGAAAAUUUUCACUAGGAACCAACAACAACCCUAGCUAGCUAGCUUCUACACAUCUCCAUUUGUUAAUUACCUAGCUAUACCCAUUUUUCACCUUUGAUUUUUUUGCUUUUAGUUUUCCUCUUCUGUAACUUUUAUAAUCCACUUUGUUUUACUUUUCUCCGGUAAAUGAAUGCUUUUCAAGAAUCACUAAAAGGUGUUAGCUCAAGCUGAGGGGUUGAAUCAUUUAAAUAUGAAAUACCUUAUUAGAUACAUA